AUGAAACCGAAUACAUGCUCCAAAACAUUUCAUUGUUAAUUAGAAUGCUAUGGUAUUCCUGUUCAAUUUUUCAAUAAUGAACGUAGAACAAUUUUGUACAAAUUCAAUUUUGGGAAUAGUGAAGGUUUAAAAACACUUCUCUUUUUUGUAACCAAGGAACAACAUUCCUUUUUUUUGAAGCAACACGAAAAUGAGAGAGGAAUUAUGUGUUACCAUACCCCAAGGUAAAUUAGUAGGCAAAGAAUGGAUUUCCACAUUUACAGGUGAUACUUAUUACGGAUUUUCUGGUAUUCCAUACGCGAAGACGCCCACAGGAGAAUUAAGAUUUAAAGCUCCCGAACCUGCUGAUAAUUGGGAAGGUGUUCGUGAUGCCACAAUUGAAGGAAGUGAUUGUAUGCAGUUCAACCUCUUGGAGUACGUUGUCCAGGGCUCAGAAGAUUGCUUAUAUGCAAAUGUUUACUCACCAGAACCUCCUUGUAAGAUAACUAAACUAAAACCAGUGAUGGUAAUGAUUCAUUGGGGAGGCAGUGCUUGGGGAUCUGGAUCUGCUAAACUUUUUGGAAACGUUGAUUACAUGAUGAAUUCCGAUAUAGUUAUUGUGACUUUCAAUUAUCGACUUCAUAUUUUUGGAUUUUUAAAUCUCGGAAUACCUGAAUGUCCGGGUAAUAUGGGACUAAAAGAUCAAGUCAUGUUGCUCAAAUGGGUGCAAAACAAUAUAAAAUAUUUCGGAGGUGAUCCCAAUGACGUUACUUUAUUUGGAAGCAGUUCUGGAGCCAGUAAUGCAAACUUACACAUGAUGUCUCCAAUGUCUGAAGGAUUAUUUCAUAAAGUCAUUUUGCAAAGUGGACAUGGUCUGAUUCCACUAUGGGGAUAUCAAAAAUCACCUUUUGAUAGAGCUCUCGAACUUGCUGUGGUGAUGGGGUUUUCCGGUCAAAGGACUCCUAUACGUUUACUAGAAUUCUUUAAACGAAAAAGUGGUCGAGAUUUGAUCGCAGGUUUUGCUACAUUGCGUCAUCUGAGUAAAGAGCAAAAUGAUGUUAAAUGUGAAACGUGUCUUUUUCUUCCAUCAGUUGAAAAAAUCAAAGAAGGAGCAUUCAUGUACAAAACACCUCGAGAAAUGAUGGCAGAUAUCAGACCAGUGCCUACUUUGUUGAGUAUGAAUGAAAAAGAAGGAAUACUCGCCUUUUGCGCGGACAUGUUCAAAAUAAUUCCAAAAAAACUCGGAAAAAGUAUAAGAGAACAUUUGUGGCAAUACAAUGUAUCAGCAGAUACCAUUCGCACGAUGACUAAAACAAUCAGAUCCUUUUAUUUCAAGAAAAAGGAUGAACCUACCGUCGAUGAAAUAAUAAAUCUAUAUACAGAUUUAUGGUUUUGCGAAUGGAACAAUACGAUUGAUUUAUUGGCCACUCAUCCAGAUAGUCCUCCUGUUUACAUUUAUCAUUUUACGUUCGAUGGCGAAUACAAUUUCUCAAAAAAAUUCUUUGCCAAGAUUAUGCCCGAAAAAUUUACCGUGACAGGCGCAAUCCAUGCUGACGAUGCUUCUUACCUCAUCGCGUACAAAAUGUUUUUGGAAGAGACCAAUGGUAAAAUUGAAUACAAACCGAAAGAAAGUGAAAUAAUCAGAAAAAUGGUCUCAAUUGUUACCACUUUUGUAAAAACUGGAAAUCCAAAUAACGAAUCAAUCCGUGAAGUAAAUUGGAAACCAUUCCAUCCUGAAAAUCCCUCCCAUCUCUUAUUCGAUGAAAAAUUAUCAAUCGUAGAUGGCCGAAUCAACCCGGACCGAGUAGCUUUAUGGAAUGAAUUUAUCGAUUGUAUAAAAAACAAGGAAUCUACUUGCAAACCUGAGAAAACCUCUGCAAAAAUAUUAAGCGAUGUACAGGUGGGUCCAUUGACGAUGUCACCUAAUCAAGUUUUGCAACACAUGAAAACCUCGUAUCAAAGUUUCCUAGAUGGCAAAUAAACCAGUAAUUCGCCAAAAUACCAGUAUUUUAUCAAAAAGUUACCAGUAAUUUACCAAAAAAAAAAUGACCAGUAAUUUACCAAAAAUGACCAUUAGCUUACCAAAAAUUACUGAAAAUUUAUUGAAAAUCAGUAAAUUACUGGCAGGUAAUUUUUCAAACAUUACCAGCAAUUCAUCAAAAAUUACCUACCAAAAUUUUCCAAUAAUUUAAGUAGGUACCACUGCCAAAUUUAAAACUUUGACGACAUUUUAUCGAUUCGUAUACUUAAUGAUUUUCUUUCAAGUGCUUAAAAAUUAUACUGAAUAGUGCCUUAAGGUCUAAUUAAGUAGCCUCUUUUCUGAAUAAAUAUUAAAAAUUUA